AUGCAUCGAUACAGUCUCCUCGCCCUCGUGCCUGCCGUCUUGGCUUGCACAAACCCCAGCUCAGAUCCAUGCGCUUCGUACAUAUCGGCCAAUGCUGCUACGGCCUCGGCUUUCUGUGCUACCUUUACCCAGUCAGCUGUUACCGCCACUACUGGUCUACCAGCUUGGGCUACGUACUGCUCAAGUAAGCCAAGUGCUAUCUCCAAGGAGUGCACUUGUGCCUUCUCCGGAACUGCUACCGCUACCGCUACCGCUACGACCACCACGACAAAAGCAACAACUACUGCCACAACUCUCAAGACGACUACCUCAACUUCCACUGGGCCCGCAUCUACCUCUACCGGAACUUGCUCAUCGCCAAACUACGCUUUGGUAGGAUAUGCUGCCGGGACUACCGGUGGGGGCAGCGGGAGUGGUAUCACGGUCACUUCUUGCUCCGCUCUUUCGAGUGCAAUCGAAGCUGCUGGGGUCAUUCAGAUCUCUGGUACUCUUGAUGGCUGCGGUAUCCUUGAUGUUCUGAGCGACACCACCAUCAUUGGAGUUGGAGCUAACUCUGGUCUCACCAACGGUGGCUUUCGCGUCAAGAGAGCUAGCAAUGUUAUCCUCCGCAACCUCAAGCUGCACGUUGCACCUGAAAGCAAGGACUUGAUUGAACUUCAGUACUCCACCAACAUCUGGAUUGAUCAUUGCGAUCUCUCUACUAUUGGUAUCAGCGGCGACAAGGACACAUAUGACGGUCUUUUGGAUAUCACACAUGCGAGUGACGAUGUGACCAUCUCAUGGACCAAGUUCCAUGACCACUGGAAGGGCUCUUUGGUUGGACACUCCGAUAGCAAUGGCGACGAAGAUACUGGCUACCUGCACGUGACGUACCACCAUAACUACUUUACCAACGUGAACUCUCGACUACCAUCCAUCCGCUUCGGUACCGGCCAUGUCUACAGCUCUUGCUAUGAGGAUAACCCUACAUCUGGCAUCCACUCUCGCAUGGGUGCUCAAGUUCUCGCAGAGCAGAAUUACUUCCUCAACACCAAGCUGGCUCUUGUCACCAACCUGGACAGUGACGAAGAUGGUUAUAUUGUUGACCGUAACAACAUCUUCGUCAACAGCACUGAGAGCAUCACCCAGGUUGGCAGUCUUACCCCUCCAUACAGCUACACUCUUGACUCCGCAUCAUGUGUUUGCGACUUGGUCAAGGCCUAUGCUGGAACCGGUAUCGUUGCUUAG